GGGCAGUCCCGCCGCCGAGCGCAGCCUGGCGCGCGCCGCCGCCCGCUCGCCCCGAGCCCGCUGCAGCCCGACCUGGCCCCGGCCCGGAGCCGAGGGGACAGCGGGGAUCCUGAGCUCCGGCCCCCAGCGAGCCGGCGCGUCAGCCGCGGAGCCGGCACCUGAAGGACAUGGAGGAAAGGCUGGCAGAGCCCAACGCCAACGUGGACAACUCGGCGUCCCCCUCGGUGGCGCAGCUGGCCGGGCGGUUUCGGGAGCAGGCAGCUGCCGCCAAGGAGAAAUCACCGCCCAAUGCCAGCCACGCUCCUAAAGUCAAGGUGAAGAGCUCACCUCUGAUUGAGAAGCUUCAGGCCAAUUUAACCUUUGACCCAGCGGCUCUGCUGCCUGGGGCCUCGCCCAAGAGUCCUGGACUCAAGGCCAUGGUGUCGCCGUUUCACAGCCCACCUUCCACCCCCAGCAGCCCCGGCGUGCGGUCUCGGCCCAGCGAGGCAGAGGAGGUGCCCGUCAGCUUCGACCAGCCGCCCGAAGGUAGCCACCUGCCCUGUUACAACAAGGUGCGGACGAGGGGCUCCAUCAAAAGGCGCCCCCCCUCCAGGAGGUUCCGAAGGUCUCAGUCGGACUGCGGGGACCUGGGAGAGUACAGGGCCUCGGAGUCAUCUCAGGAGAAUGGCGCCACGGAGCAGAACGGGGAGGAGGUGUUCCCACCCAAGAGCAAGGCCCCAGGAUCCCCGUCGUCCAGCGAGGGGGCAGCGGGAGAGGGAGUGAGGAGAAACCCAGAACCUUCGGAAAAGCCCCCUCUGAGGAGGGCGUCCAGCAGGACAGAGAAGCCAGAGAAGGAUGGGGCCGCAGAGGAAGCCAAGCUCGGUGCCCAGGAGCAGGCCCCGGAACCAGCCCAAACCUCCAGUCCAGAGGCAGAGAACGGGUGCGGGAGCCCCCGGGAGGCAGCUCCGGCUGGAGAGGAAACGCAGAUGGCGAAGGCUGCAGAGGGGAAGGAGGAGAGGGAGCAAAACGAAGAGGCCGGGCCUGCACAUAAGGGCCAAGACACACAGAAGCCCGAGGAGGGAGCUGUGGGGGAGGGGACCCCCCAGAGUUCCCCUGGAGGAGUGGAGGGCGACGAUGUCCCCCAGCAGGAGAAACAUGAGGAAAGACAAGAGGAGGGGGCAGUUCCCGAGCCAGGCUGCAGCCCUGGGACCGGCCAUGCCCAGCUGGAGACCAGCAGCGAGGUCCAGGGUGGGCGCACGUCCCCCAACGUGGAGGGUGACACUCCUGUCCAGGACACUAAAAUGUGAAGAAGAGCUCAUUGCGCUCUCGUGAUGAAGCUGCUGGAGACGUCUCUUCGGAAGUAGCAGCAACAAUAGUCGCAGCAGCAAACGAAGCCAUUGCAGGAGCAGAUUGUGCUGAGCGUCUGGAGUGAGGCUGAAGACCCAGGGUGGAUUGUUUCCCGACGUCCACAGCGAAUGCUCCCUCACACAUCGAGAUUGGAUCUGAGGGCAGCAGACAUUUAUCGGCUUGAGUUUAUGUCAUCCGAUGGACUGGGUUUUAAAAAGAAGCUUAUUUAAAACAAUGUACUGUGGUGACAACUGUCCAGGGGACACUGGGCAGCCUAUGGAGCCCUGGCUACUGUCCACACCCACCCGUCCCUGCGGCUGACCUCCGAACUGAGCUCAGAUUUAGCUUAUCACAUUUUGCUUGUGUAAAGUUACAGCCUUUCUACUGUUCUGAAGUGUUUAUGGUUCUCAAACAUAAGUAAAAACUAAUUUUAGGUGGUCAGAAACAAAUGAAAAUAGCAUUACUGAAAAUAUAAAUCCGAUAAGUUACAGGAGACCUUAAAUUUUAUCAAGACCCUAGAGACAAUCUUUUGGCUUGGUCCAAAUUUGAACUGGCCAACCAAUUUUUAAAACAUUGGACUGGAAGAGAUGAUUAUUGAACCAUUUUUAAAAGCGUCUGUUCCACCAACAGGAGCAUUUCCGGUCCUGUGGUUCUCUAGCUGAUGACCACCAUGGGCGGUCACUGGCCCAGCUGGCUCCCUCCACCGCCCUUGAGACUGGAAACUCCCAUGAGAACGUCAGCAGGUUUCAUGUUCUGCGCUGCAUCUCUUCAUCCUAAAAGCAGAGCAGUGAGACCGAACAGUGCUGGCUCCCUGAUUUGUCCCGCGAGGAUGAAUUUGCACUUCCAGAAGGUUACCCUUGAGCGUGAUGAUGUUUCCUGGGAGGUGCCUUAAGCGCUGUGAUGUGCAAGCUACGUAAUGAAAACAUUCAUCCUAGUGAGUUGGGGUCUUUAGUCCGUUCUCAUUGGGUUGCUCUUGCUGUAAUAUUCAGUUUGGGGAGCACAGGUGGUUUUGAAAGGGACAGGGGGCUGACUGCCCAGUCCUUAACUUACGCCUCUCCCCUCUCCAUGCACUCCUGCUGAAAGAUGUUACUCUAGAUACACGUUUAAUCUUUAAGGUUGGUCCUUAUUCUGAUUUGAGUAUGUCAGUGUUUCGAUGUGCUGAUUUGGCUGUUGGAGCAAUUGUUUUUCUGGAGGUCUGUGAGACCACACCCUCCCGACUUCAGAAAACCGUCUCUCAGACAAAAAGGCCUUAUGUCACCACUGGUACCUCAAUUUUCUUAUCCCAUUUACAGUUUUUCUAACUCCGGGAUAGUGUUAAUAUUUGGGAUAUACUUUUUUAAAAAAUUAUUUUUAAAUAGUUUGUAACUUGUAAAACGAACUUGUCACCUGGUCGAGACUGAUACUGUCAUAGUUAUCAUACUUUGGAUUUUAGCAGAAUUUGGGCGAUAUUUGUGUGUGAGUUAUUUUGAGAUCUAUAUGCUAUCAAUCAUCUAUCUACCUAUA